AUGAAUGAUACUUCAUCUUCAGUAUUCCCUUCGCAGACGAAUUCCUCUUUAAACUCUCCAAAAUUUCAAAAUUCAAAGUUUCAUUUCUCUUCAAUGGCUACUCAACAACCUCAAAUUUAUGGCGAGCAAGCAUUAGACCACAGAUAUCAUCAAUAUAUUGGUAGCAAUAAUAUGGAAACGCUCUUGAAUGCCAUCGAAGUAUCUCCUAUGUCUCCUGUCAGUUUGUCUCGGAAAUUACAAAUUUUAAACCCAAAAAAUAUCGGCUCAAAUACUUCGGUAUCACAAGAUGAAAUUUCGGACCAACGCUCAUACCAUCAAGAUGAACGUACUAGAUAUGAACAAAUUCAUAGAUUACUACCUCCUCCAAUCUCAAAAAAUAUGCUUCCCGAUGCAAUGUCUAUCUCUUCGUUGAUAGAUUCGGACCAACCGAUAAAAUCUUCGUCUCCUCUUACUCCUCCAGAUACGUCUUUAACUUUCCCGGGUCUUUCUACUUCCCCAACAAAAACUUCCCCUGCUACUUCUCCAGUUCCACUAGCUUCUAUGCUACCCUCGGCUCCUAUGUCUGUCCCUUCUCCUACUGAUUCUAUUCCUUUCCCUC